CCCUUGAUUCCCCAACUCGAUAACACCAUCUUCAAGUAAGUUAUUACUUGAAAUAAUCAAAGUUUCAUAGACUAAACUUUUUCUCUCUGAGUGAGAGUUUCAGAAGAAUGGUUCUACCCGUUUAUUUCUUCUUCGUCUUCUUCUUCUUCUUCUUGUUCGCUGACCUUGUGCUUCCUCUAUCCUCUGCCUCUGGAGAUUGCCCACCUUUCUUUGACUGUGGGAAUCUAGCGAAGCUCUCGUUCCCUUUAACCACUCCCCAACGUAAAGACUGUGGAAUGUUGCCGAUUCAUGGCUGUGAAGACCCCAACGCUCAAAAAACUGUGCUCUUUGGGAAAAAGAUGCUUCAAGUGAUAAGAAUAGACGCUUCCAGUACGGUAGUUUUCGUCAGAGACGCAGAUUUACGGAAGCGUUUGGUAAAUAAUAGCUGUGAUGCCUUGUGCCGCAAUGUUACACUCCCUCCUAAGUCACCCUUGGGUUCGUUUUCCAUAAUUCAACACAUAACAACCUUUUACAAAUGCAAUAUCACGCUCACAGUUAGCGCUCCAAAGCAAUUCUUGAACUAUACCGGAUGUGGUAAGAGUAACAAUGAGAUCAUCUUCUUCCAAGCGCAAGAUGAAGAAGAUCCUCCACCUGCUUUGGCAAGAUGUCCAAGGGUUCGGGUUCCAGUGAAUUCCCUGGCUUUCUCUACAGAUUUAUCCACAUUAAUAGCUUCUGAAUUUGCCGUUUUAAUUCAGCUUUCUCAUGACUGUAUUCUAUGUGUUUUUGACAAAGGCUCAUGUCGGCUCAACAGCUCCGGAGGAUUUUAUUGUCUCAAAUUCAAAGAUGAAACUGAGACAGAAGAUCAGAAUAACAGACGGGCUUGGAAGCUGGGGUUGAUAAUGGGUAUUGGAGCGGGAUUAGGAAUUCUCAUAUUAGCAUUGCUGCUCUGCUUCGGACUCUACAAACAGAAACACAGUGCUCUGUCUCACGUCAGACUCCGAUCAGCAAACCAGUACCCAAAUGAUGCAGACCCGGACAGUGGGAGACUCUUCUUUGGGGUCCCAAUCUUCUCCUACAUGGAGCUUCAAGACGCAACAAAAAACUUUGAUCCCUCCAACAAACUUGGAGACGGAGGCUUCGGCUCUGUUUUCUAUGGGAAGCUUCAAGAUGGGCGUGAAGUUGCAGUGAAACACCUAUUCAACCACAACUACAAGCGAGUGGAACAGUUUAUGACUGAAGUUGAGAUCCUCACUCGCCUACGUCACAGAAAUCUUGUCUACCUCUAUGGCUGCACUUCACGUCAGAGCCGUGAGCUCCUUCUUGUCUAUGAAUACAUCCCAAAUGGCACCCUUGCAAGUCACCUACGUGGCAGCUCUGCAAAUCCUGCAUUGUUGACAUGGCCCGUUCGAAUCAAAAUCGCCGUAGAAACUGCCAGUGCUUUGGCUCACCUUCAUGCUUCCGGCAUCAUCCACCGUGACGUCAAAACCAACAACAUUCUUCUUGACAAGAACUUCUGUGUUAAGGUGUCAGAUUUUGGACUUUCUAGGUUGUUCCCAGAUGAUGUCUCGCAUGUUUCUACAGCUCCACAAGGAACACCAGGCUAUCUUGACCCAGAAUAUCACUAUUGUUUUAGGCUGACCAAUAAAAGCGAUGUGUAUAGUUUUGGGGUUGUGCUUAUAGAGCUGAUAUCUUCAAUGCCAGUAGUUGAUAUGGGAAGGAAUAAAGAUGAGAUUACAUUGGCGAGCCUUGCAAUUCGGAAAAUUGAGAGGAACGAACUUGAGGAGCUGGUGGAUCCGUGUUUGGGGAUUGAGAAAGAUAGUGAGGUGAUGAAGAAGGUGUUUGCAGUGGGGGAAUUGGCAUUUCAGUGUUUGCAGGUAAAUAACGAGAUGAGGCCUUCCAUGGAUGAAGUUUUAGAGAUUUUGAGGGAAAUUGAGAGUGAGAAAGAAGAAGGUAGGGAUGUAGAGGAAGGUGAGGCUAAUGCAGAUACACGAUUUGGGGGGACUCCAAUAAGCUAUGAUCAAGUAGAAAUGGUGAAGGCAUUGUCUUCACCAAAUAGUGUCACCGUAAAAUGGAGCAGUGAAUCUACUGCUAAUUUCAGCCUUUAAUCUGUAAGCUUAUUUGUAAUUCAUGGUCCAUUUUCUACUGCGAUCGUUUAUACUAAUUGCAUCUUCUUGCUUCUCAA